AUGAGGCCUGAGAACCAGAGCAGCGUGUCCCACUUCCUCCUGCGGGGGCUCCCCAUCCGGCCCGAGCAGCAGGGCGCGUUCUUCGCCCUGUUCCUGGCCAUGUACCUGACCACGGUGCUGGGGAACCUGCUCCUUAUCCUGCUCAUCAGGCUGGACGCUCGCCUGCACACGCCCAUGUACUUCUUCCUCAGCCACUUGGCCUGCUCUGACAUCUCUUUGUCAUCUGUCACCGUCCCUAAGAUGCUCCUGAACAUGCAGACUCAGGACCAAUCCAUCCCCUAUGCAGGGUGUGUAACACAGAUGUAUUUUUUCAUAGUAUUUACUGCUUUGGACAAUUUCCUUCUCACCUCAAUGGCAUAUGAUCGGUACGUUGCCAUCUGUCACCCCCUCCACUACAUGACCAUCAUGAGAAAGGGACUGUGUUUCUUACUAGUAACUGGGUCCUGGCUCCUCUCCUGUGCCAGUGCCCUGUCCCACACCCUUCUCUUUGCCCAACUCAUGAGGCCUGAGAACCAGAGCAGCGUGUCCCACUUCCUCCUGCGGGGGCUCCCCAUCCGGCCCGAGCAGCAGGGCGCGUUCUUCGCCCUGUUCCUGGCCAUGUACCUGACCACGGUGCUGGGGAACCUGCUCCUUAUCCUGCUCAGCAGGCUGGACGCUCGCCUGCACACGCCCAUGUACUUCUUCCUCAGCCACUUGGCCUGCUCUGACAUCUGCUUCUCAUCUGUCACCGUCCCUAAGAUGCUCGUGAACAUGCAGACUCAGGACCAAUCCAUCCCCUAUGCAGGGUGUGUAGCACAGAUGUAUUUUUUCAUUUUUUUUACUGAUUUGGACAAUUUCCUUCUCACCUCAAUGGCAUAUGAUCGGUACGUUGCCAUCUGUCACCCCCUCCACUACAUGACCAUCAUGAGAGAGGGACUGUGUAUCUUUCUAGUAACCGGGUCCUGGCUCCUCUCUUGUGCCAAUGCCCUGUCCCACACCCUUCUCCUGACCCAACUGUCCUUCUGUGAUGACAACACCAUCCCCCAUUUCUUCUGUGACCUUGGUGCCCUGCUCAAGUUGUCCUGCUCUGACACCUCCCUCAAUGAGCUGGUCAUUUUCCCAGCAGGACUGGCCGUUAUUACUCUCCCACUAAUAUGCAUCUUGAUCUCUUAUGGCCGCAUUGGGGUCACCAUCCUGAAGGUUCCAUCUACCAAGGGCAUUUGCAAAGCCUUGUCCACCUGUGGCUCCCACCUCACUGUGGUGUCUCUGUACUAUGGGACAAUUAUUUGGCUCUAUCUUUUCCCCUCAUCCAACACCUCCAGUGACAACAACAUAAUUGCUUCUGUGAUGUACACAGUGGUCAUUCCAAUGCUGAACCCUUUCAUUUAUAGCCUGAGGAACAGAGACAUGAAGGGGGCCCUGGAGAAACUCAUCAACAGAGUAACAGUCUUAUGUCAUGAUGUUCGCUCAUCUUUAUGA